CACUGGCUUACUCUUUGUGAGAUCAAACAUUCAAAGCCCACGACCACUUGCACUCUCUUCCUCCCGCUACCUUCAGAUACCGCCUUUCAAAUACCACAACCCGUUGCACCAGUUCGCAUUCACAAAACAGCAACCAUGGAUCAAAUCAAGAAGCGCAUGAAUGCCUUGCGCAUCGAGGCCGACGAGUCUGCUGGAAAGGUUGAGGAACUGUCGGCCAAAGUCAAGGCCCUCGAGCAGGAGAACCUCCAGAAGGAGCAGGAAAUCACCUCUCUGCAACACAAAAAUUCCAUGCUCGAGCAGGAGGUUGAGAAGCUGGAGAAGCUCCACGGCGAGGCCAAGUCAGCGGCAGACGAUUCAGCACAGCACGGUACACAGAAUGAGGCUCUGACGAGGAAGCUGCAAUUGCUUGAGGAGGAGGCCGAGGCGAACGACAAGCAACUACGGGAGACAAACGAGAAGCUUCGCCAGACAGAUCUGAAGGCCGGUCACUAUGAGCGAAAGGUCCAAGCACUGGAGGCAUCCACCGGCCAGUGGGAGACCAAGUAUGAGGAGAUGGCCAAGAAAUAUGCCGAUACCAAGAAGGAACUGGACGACUUUGUGGCUGAGAUUGGCAACAUCUAAAUGUGCCCCUCGACUAUGUGCGGAAGUGCGGCAAGUUCAGGGCGAUGUCCGUCACCUCUUUCAAGGCCACGUUUGAGGAAUGCAGGAGCGCAGACAUGUUGGCAUUGACUAAAGCAGGCGUAGAGGGAGGAAGUGGUGGCUUCUUUCAGUCUUUUUUGCUGCCUCACAGAUAGCACCCAGAGGAGGCCAAGAUGGAAGAGUCAUGCAGGCAGAUACCCCGUGAAUUGCAACACAAACUUCAGUCAUCC